AUCUCCACUUUUUCCCCCUUCUCUCGUUUCUUCACUGUUUGAUGGUUCGGUUUGCGUUCGUUUAUUUUGUUUGGCCCUCUAUCCGAUUUGUCCCCUGCGGCUGAAUUCACGCUACGGUUUCCAUUGGGCCAACCCAAAAAUGGGGGAAGAACAUCAAGAGUGCGCCUCGACAAUUCCUCGAUCCCGGGCUGAAGCCCAAGAUGGUGCCUCCCCGCGAGUGGUUAGGAAAAAGGGUAGCUUGAGGUCGAUAUUCGGUUCCUUAUUUAAAUCGACAAGGGGUAAGAAGGCCAAUAGAACUGGGUCCCGGCAUCUAAUUCGAGAGGACGAGGCUGGUGCUAGGAAUAAAGGGAAUGAGGCACUCGCAUUUUCUACCAUUUCUCUCCCAGCCCAACUUCGAUCAUCGACAUCGUCCACCUCCUCGCCAUACGAGGAUGAGGAUGAGGAAUUUAGCAGCAGCAUUCCACAUACGGCACAUGGAGAAUCGCGUAAAACGCGCUCCACAGCUUCAUUGCCAGCACAAACCCGGCCUCCGUUUGCAUUCCAUGCGCAUUCAUCCUCCUCCUCUUCAUCUACCUCAUCAAUUGAGUUUGCUCCUGAUGCAUUUACAGCAGCAACUCCCCCGCCGGUGUCGUCUCCUUCUGCUUUGGCCAGAUCCACAUCUUCACAAUCAAUUUCCACCCUGAAUCGCUCGACAGCUUCUCUGUUCGGCACUCCCUCGAGGGAAACCAGCCCCACCAGGACUCAAUAUUCGAUAAAAUCACCCAAGAUGUCCAAGCGAGCGAUGGAAAACUACAGCAAACAGCCCUCGCCCUUGUCAACUGUCAUGGACGCACACUCCCCUUACAUACUUCCAACAGCCCCAAAGCCGCCCGUGCUAGACGAAAGGCCCAAUAGUUUUCGGUCCAAGCACAGGAGCUCGCUGAGCAGCUACAUUUUACGUCGAACACAGUCACACCCCGACCUGACAGACUUUACGACGGAUGAUCUCCCGACAUUUCUCCAGAUGCCCAUUUCGGCGCCUACUUCACGGCCGGGGUCAUCGAGUUCAGCUCUGUCUUCUCGUACGCUUAGUUUGCGGCGGAGGUCCGGUAAGGCUGAUAUGGAGGUUCCGACGUCUUACUUUACGCAAGAAAAAAUUGAGCACCGUUUAAUCUUGGGGGCCGAUCCAGCGGGGGCAGGGUUCCAUCUCUAUCCCACGCCACAUUCGGGAUUUUCCAGUAGGCGGAGUAGCCCUGGUAGUAGUUCUGGCGGCUCACGAUCCCGUUCGUGGGAAAGAGGUCCAAUGGGUAGAAACAUGAGCGACGAUCCGAGAAGAAAUAGUUGGACCGGACCUGAUGGGCACAAUGUUCACGGCAUACCGCCGGCGGCCCGAGGGUGGAGGGAUCCCAGAGGGGGCCGAAGCUUUAGGGGAGGUGUCACGCAACAGGUUAUUCUGGAGGAAGUUGGCGAUGCAACCGAUUCUCCACAGAGUAUGUCUUCGUCUUUGUCAGCACCAAACGUCGAUAGUCAGCAAGCCGUUCUAAGGUCGGGAGGUCCCUUGGAUCAGAAUCGAUCACCAGAUGUGUCUAAGAAUGUGCCUAUUUCCGAAAAGAGUGAACGCAGGCGAAGCCUUCACAAUAACUGGGACUCGAUACAAAGUCAGAUGCGAAUCCACGGGGGUGACUUCCCGCAGCUCCAGGUUCCCCGGGAAACAAUGAAAGAAGAGGGUGAUUUGGAUAUGAGUGAGAAGAUGGCCCUAAGAAGGUUACAACAGGGAGCAAUAAGGUUCUUGGAUGCUUCUGGCGCGGAUGGAAACGGCUUCCGUGGGACUCCUGUUACAAUUGAAUUCGGGCAUCCAAAUGGAUUGUCCGCGGUCGGCAAGGGUGGAGGUCUCAUUGACAACUUACCGGUUGUUCGGAUUGAAAGCGUCGAGGGUUAGGAGCGUGUGGUUCGAAAUCGCGGCCUUUGGCAAGAAGAGGGGUGUGACUUUAUGGGGUGGGAUCUUUUUGUGACUGUGGCAAUUGGGGGAGGGUUUGCGUUUUCUGCCGGUGCGAAAUUGAGUUGGUCCAUUGAAUUGGGAUCACCGGGAGCGGCUGCAUGAGAAGGCGCACACCACUACAACAAUCAUGGGGGAAAACAUGAACGGGCGAUUGACAGCCUGCAGGUGGGUUGGGUUGACGGACAGAACUAUGGAGGGAAAAAAAGAGAAGAUAACCGUUAGCUGCUCGAGUACAUGAUGCUCAGGGGCAACUCUUUUGUAUUCUUGUACAUUUUAUUCUUCCUCUUCUUGCACAUUCAUAUGCUAUUGAUAUCCUUUUGAUAACAUUUUUUUUUCCUUUUUGUUUUCCUUCCAACUUGGUUCCUUUUUCCUCGUUGGGGGUUGGGGGUGUUAUGUGCCGACAGCGAGCGAUUUUCCUGAGCACUAUUUAUUUUAUUCUAUCACACCAUUGUAAGGCCGUUCGCUCUUUCGAUUAUUUCCUCCUAGCCACCUUUUCCUACGCUUCUUCACUUUUUGUAUUCUUUCUAUCGGUAAUUAUCUUGGAACCGGGAGGCUUGGCGAAUUCUGGCGUUUUUCACUUCUGUCUCUUCGUUUUCAAAACUUGGGAGAAGGUUCCUCCCCAAAAAGUUUCUUGGUCUACCGGUGUUCUUGGGAUUCUUCAGUGGCCUAGUUUGUGUAGUCUAAUGACUGUAUCAUACAUAGUCUUUGGCAAUGCAGAUUGGAUAAAUGGUGACCCGAUCCAGUCCCCGAUAUCAUGGUGCAAGCACAGUGCUCGAGUAGCAGUAAGUAGAAUAGGGUACUAGUAAGAGCACAACACCUGCACCCCACCCCACCCGCCUUGCACCAGCAAUAAGAGACCCUAUGUAAGCUAUAGCACAGUACUUGUAUACGGUAAGUUACCUUGCAGGGGAGCAAAUCACUAUCCUGCACUGCACUGUACUCGUGCUGUACCGUACAGUGCAGUACAACCCCACGCAUGGCAUGGAGAGAGAGGUCGAGGGAAAAACAAAAACUCUAAUAUAGCGAUACAGUAUAUCAUGAACCCGCACGAGUACCGUACCGUACUAGUACUCGAGCGCUCGAGUACAGCACCAACAGCAAUAGUGCAUCAUACCGGCCAAUCCAUCCUCCGC